CUGGACCCGCAGGCUGUGCAGACGAAGAACUGGCACAUGGACGUGAUUGAGAUGAACGGGAUCAAGGUGGAGUUCUCCAUGAAGUUCACGAGCAGAGACAUGAGCCUGAAGAGGACCCCGUCCAAAAAGCAGACAGGCGUCUUCGGGGUCAAAAUCAGCGUUGUGACGAAGCGCGAGCGCUCCAAGGUGCCUUACAUCGUGCGCCAGUGCAUCGAGGAGGUGGAGAAGAGGGGCAUCGAAGAGGUCGGCAUCUACAGGAUCUCUGGCGUUGCCACUGACAUCCAGGCGUUGAAAGCUGUCUUUGAUGCUAAUAACAAGGACAUCCUGGUCAUGCUGAGUGACAUGGACAUCAAUGCCAUCGCCGGCACGCUGAAGCUGUACUUCCGCGAGCUGCCCGAGCCCCUCCUCACUGACAGACUCUACCCUGCCUUCAUGGAGGGGAUCGCCCUCUCGGAUCCUGCUGCCAAGGAGAACUGCAUGAUGCACCUUCUCCGCUCACUGCCUGACCCCAACCUCAUCACCUUCCUCUUCCUGCUGGAGCACUUGAAAAGGGUAGCUGAAAAGGAGCCCAUCAACAAAAUGUCUCUCCACAACCUGGCCACGGUCUUUGGGCCGACACUGCUGAGACCCUCAGAGGGAGAGAGCAAGGGACACCUCACCCUGGCCUCCGACAUCUGGUCCCACGAUGUGAUGGCCCAGGUCCAGGUCCUACUCUACUACCUGCAGCAUCCUCCCAUCUCCUUCACUGAGCUGAAACGCAACACACUUUACUUCUCCACGGACGUGUAGCCUGCAGGCAGAAGGCACCAGCUGCAAACACUCCCAGCUCCCUGCUGGGGGACAGGGACUGGAUCACAGCCCCCGCAGGGAGACCGGCCCGGACCCAGGACGGUGCCGCCUGCAGCUCCUGUACAAUUGCGUACCAGUGGCCCGGUCCCGCCCCAGGCGCCGUGCCUCUCUGUAAAGUAGUUGUGUCUUACGUC